AUGUCCACCCCAGGAGCCGACAGCGUGAUGGAUGGAGAGGGGGAGAUGCCCUUCUGCAAUGGGAGAGAGGCGAAGAUGCCCUCCGGCGAGGCGAGAGGGGAAGCCUCGGCGGCAGAGAGGAGCAAAGGGAAAGUUGGGCGGCAGCAAGAAACCGUCUGGAGGAACGUCAUCCUGAUGUCCCUGCUCCAUAUCGGCGCCGUGUAUUCCGUGGUCCUCAUCCCCAAAAGCCACGUCUUCACUCUCAUCUGGGCUUACUUAUGUUUCGUAGUGACGGCCCUGGGAGUGACAGCGGGGGCCCACCGCCUGUGGAGUCACAGAUCCUAUAAAGCCAAACUGCCUUUGCGGAUAUUCCUGGCUGUGGCCAAUUCCAUGGCCUUUCAGAAUGAUAUUUUCGAAUGGUGCCGAGACCAUCGAGUGCACCACAAGUACUCAGAGACGGAUGCCGACCCCCACAAUGCCAAACGUGGAUUCUUCUUUGCCCACAUUGGCUGGCUCUUUGUCCGGAAGCACCGAGACGUCAUAGAGAAAGGGAGUAAACUGGACUUCAGUGACCUGCUGGCCGACCCUGUUGUUCGGAUUCAAAGGAAGUACUAUAAGAUUUCAGUAGUUCUGAUGUGCUUUGUCAUUCCUACUCUUGUGCCUUGGUACUUCUGGGGGGAGACCUUGUGGAAUUCCUACUUUCUUGCCUCCAUCCUGCGCUACACCGUCUCACUCAACGUUGCUUGGCUGGUCAACAGCGCGGCUCACAUGUACGGCAAUCGGCCCUAUGACAAGAAUAUCAACCCUAGGCAGAACACAUUCGUCACUGUAGGGGCCAUUGGUGAAGGUUUUCACAAUUAUCACCACACCUUUCCAUUUGAUUAUUCAGCUAGUGAGUUGGGCUUGAAAUUCAACCCAACCACAUGGUUCAUUGACUUCAUGUUUUGGUUGGGUUUGGUCACCGAGCGAAAGCAGGCGCCCAAGGAGAUGAUCGAAGCCCGCAAAGAGAGGACUGGAGAUGGCAGUUCUUGAGAAACGAAACUCAUCUCGGAACAUUGAUGCUGCUGUAUGUGUUGUUUGUAUAUUUCUUCAUCGGGGUCCUCCUUAGCCCUGUCCCUCCCCUUAGGAUGGAAGUAGUAUUUUUCAUCUAAUAUAGGCCAAGUUAAUUCCUGGAUUAAUUCCAUUUGACAUUAAUGCAAUGGUUUUCAAAUGUCCUGUUUUUCCAUGAACGCUUUCCAAUUCAGCAAAUAUUCCAGGGAACUCCUGUGUGUUACUAGGAAUUCUGGGGCAUGUUGAAUUCACAUAGGGUCAAUUGCCUGGCCAACUGGACUCAACCAUUGCUUUGUGUGAAUCGAGAACAUAGCCUAAAACAUACCAAACACUCCCCAAGUGUUUGAACAAGAAAAUCAGAAGUGGGAGGCAAACUUUAAUUCAAGG